AUGGGCAAAGCCUCUAGUUCUUCUUCCUCUUCUAUCACCAGCUGCAGGAACAACCCUUCCAAUUCAUCUGCAUCCUCUCUCACACACCAACAUGGUCAAGACCUUCGCACAGAUCUUAGGCUUGGACUCAGCAUUUCCGCCACUCAACAUGUUGGCUCGUCCAGUUCAGGGGGGCACUGGCAACCGAUGCAGCCGCAUCUAAACAGUUUUUCCCAAGCUGAAGUGAAUGAUUGCAGCGAUCAUACCAGCUUCUUUGUGAAGGUGUACAUGGAAGGUAUUCCAAUUGGUAGAAAACUCAAUUUGUUAGCUCAUGAUGGCUACCACGAGUUAGUAAAGACCCUGGAACAGAUGUUUGACACUACCAUUCUGUGGGGAACUGAGAUGGAUGGAGUGCAACCAGAGAGAUGCCAUGUUCUAACUUAUGAAGAUGGAGAAGGAGAUUUGAUCAUGGUUGGCGAUGUUCCUUGGGAGAUGUUCUUAUCAGCUGUAAAGAGGUUGAAGAUCACAAGGGUCGAGACAUUUGGGUGA